GUAGUAUGCAGAGAGAGCGGAGCAGAGAAUACACUCGCUGCUAAUAACCAGAUAGCCUAUUGUAUUGUAGCUGAGCGCACCGUCAAUGAGUUCGGGACAGUUCGGUUCAUUUGAUUAUUUUUCCUAUUUUGAAAACCAUUCUACCAAACAAACGUUUUGGCAAAGAAGACUGGAUUUUACGCGAAAGCUUGCAUGUGAAAAGAAGCUGAAAAUCACAAUUGAAUGAGAGGAGAAUGGGUCAUAUUUAAGCUGAUUAAUAGUUCGGGAAAUGCGUUACCGUUAUUAUUUUCAUUCCCUGACAGCUUUAACUGUUGAUGACACCAGCCUCAGAUAUUUUAUUUUUCAACUUUCUACUCUGACUAAUGAUGACGACUGGUGGUGAGGCGAGCUGAAUUGGGAAACUGUGGACAAGGACCUCCGGCGCCAGUUUGACUCAAUCACACUUUUACUGGACAAAUUGUUCUUCCUCAUUUUUAGGGAGUGGUUCACCAAGGUAACCGACUUUUCACUGACACCACAGGACGCAUGAUGUGUCCAAAACAAAGUCCAUAUUAUGCUCAGUAAAGCAGUCUCCAAAAGGACUGCACAACCUUAGUGCAAUGAUAUCUAGGGCAAUAUCCUCCUAGGACGGAUCGAAUAAGACAGAACGCCAUGCGUAAACAAGAGUUCCAGUGGCUCCCCGAAUUCCAUAAAGGAAUACUAGAACUUCUCCAUCCUGUCUUUCUAAAGUACUAACAGAACCAGACAACCGGGCCGCCAGGCAACCGACAGGAUGCCGUCUGGUCUGCCGCCUGCCCAAGCCCUCUACAUCGGGAUGGAGGUGAUUAUCGCCGUGUCCUCUGUGAUCGGGAACGUGAUGGUGGUCUGGGCGGUACGGAUAAACCGUUCUCUGCGGGACACCACCUUCUGUUUCAUAGUGUCUCUGGCUUUGGCGGAUAUUGCGGUGGGGGCUUUGGUCAUCCCGUUGGCCAUCACCAUCAGCAUCGGGCUCAAAACGCACUUCUACAGCUGCCUGCUGGUCGCAUGCACCGUGCUGGUGCUCACGCAGAGUUCCAUCCUCGCCCUGCUGGCCAUCGCUAUCGACCGUUACCUGAGAGUCAAAAUACCCAUGAGCUACAAGCGCGUGGUGACUCCGCGGCGCGCGGGUACAGCGGUAGUGGUGUGUUGGAUGGUUGCCAUCGUGGUCGGCUUGACGCCCAUGCUGGGCUGGAACAACCUGCAGCGUCUCCGUGACAACGGAUCCCUGGUGACCCCUGACCUCUUAGUGACGUGUCAGUUUGAGACCGUCAUCAGCAUGGACUACAUGGUUUACUUCAACUUCUUCGGCUGGGUGCUGCCGCCCCUCAUCCUCAUGCUGCUCAUCUAUGCUGAGAUCUUUUACAUGAUACACCGACAGCUCAACAAGAAGGUGACGGCGAGCCACACGGACCCAAGCCGUUACUAUGGGAAGGAACUUAAACUAGCCAAGUCCCUGGCCCUGGUCCUCUUCCUGUUUGCCAUCAGCUGGCUUCCUCUACACAUCCUCAACUGUAUCACGCUGUUCUGUCCGGACUGUAAAAAGCCCAUAUUCCUUAUCUACAUCGCCAUCCUGCUCACGCACGGCAACUCUGCCGUCAACCCAAUCGUCUACGCAUUCCGCAUCAAGAAAUUCCGGAAUGCGUUCCGUAAGAUCUGGGAGCAGUAUGUGCUGUGUAGGGACCCGGUGGGCAAGCUGCCCCAGAGAGGAAGUCAGAGGGGCCAGAGUGGAGUGGAGAGGAGGCUGAGGGCGAAUGAUGACGACGAUGACGUCUGAUCUGGUGAUGAAGAGGUCGGGAUGUGAAGACACUGGAUUAUUAGUUCAGACGGAUGUACAUGAGAACGGUUUCUAUGUUGAUUUGCCUGCUGGUUAGAGAAAGAUGUGGAGGUGACGGGAGGGACCCUAACCUCAGUUUGACCCCACACAGUGAGGGUGUUCUUGAAAGGAAUGUUACAGACUGAGUGUUGAAAUGUUACCUCACACAAGGUGGACUGGAUUGGCUGAACUAUCCACCGGUGACUAGGUUCUGACACCAUUGGUUGUCUGAUCUCUCUUCAUUCUCGAAUGCAGCAGAAUGUCGUCACUCCUAUAUGACAUUAUCUGACCUGACGUAAGACAAUGCAACUAAACAGAACAAUAGCAUCAUCAGGUCACCAUGGUGAUUAGGAUUCCGAAUUAAAAGGAAUGGCGGAACUACUAACAAUGACUAACCAUCUCCUAUUGGCUUAGGGAACAAUCAUGUCAUAUGGGCCAAAGGGCUUCCAGAAGGUACCGAUAAUAACUUUUUGAACUCAAUCACUAAGUGUUCGUUAGUAGCACAUAAUGAACACUGCGCUACUUUUAAACAUGACCCACAUAGUCUCUGGUCAAAAGUAGUGCACCCUAUGACUACAGUAUCAGUGUCAGAUGGUUGGAGGGCAGGGCUUCUCCAUCUGUGAACUUUGAACUGAACUAAAAACACAUGGCCUUUCUAUACGGACAACCUCACAUGAUCGCAAAGCUAAAUCUCUCUCUCAUUCUGUAUAAGGAAGAGAAAAAGCUCAUUCCUCCGAUACUGAAAUGUUAUAUU